CAUGUAUUUAAAUUGCUAAUCAGUGAAUGUGUUGUUGGGUCCCUAGUCCAUCCACUGGUUUGUAUGGUUAACUUCAUAUGUGUACUGUAAUUUAAUCGGGAGGAAUUCAUCCGAGGGGCGGGGCGGAGGAAAUGCACCUUCUCCAGGCCGACGUACGCUGGGCGCUGCAAGCAGGGGUGGAGUUUUGCUACCUCAGGACCACCAACCACCACCACCACCACCACCACCACCACCACCACCCCAUCCCCUCCACUUUCUCUCUCUACAGAAGCAAGGACAACAACACUUCUUUCUCUCUCUACUCCUAUUCUUUCUCUCGCAAUCGGCCAUGGAACCGCGGUUCUUCGGUGAGGCCCAUGUAUGCUGUGACGAGGGUGGAGGAGGUGGAGGAGGAGAAGCCCGCGGUGUGCACCGCCGAUGAGCUCCACUAUGUACCUGUGCCUGGCACCAAUUGGAGGCUCUCCCUCUGGCGAUACACCCCUCUUCCAGAGGCUCCUGUCCGGAACCAUCCUCUGAUGCUUUUGUCGGGGGUGGGAACAAAUGCUAUUGGGUUUGAUCUAUCUCCUGUGUCUUCAUUUGCUCGUUACAUGUCCAAGCAAGGGUUUGAUACUUGGAUAGUGGAACUUCGAGGUGCUGGGCUGAGCAAAAGGAAAGGGGAAUCCAAAUCAGCUGGACCUUCUGCUGAUAAUAUUAUUGCUGCUCAAAUGAUGGAGUCCCUUGACAAGGAGGUUGUUGGGUUGUCUUCUGUUCAACAGAAUGUUAUGGAUGUGGAUUCUUAUGCUUUGCUAGACACUGAGGAGUUGAGGGUUAAAAUGGAUGGUAGUGAGACAAGGAGGGAUGAAUCAGUUUUGGUGACCAAACUUUCAGAAACUUUUAUGCGUUUAUCAGAGAGGCUCUCAGGUUUCCUCAAUGAAGGUCAAGCAAGGGUUAUAUCUGCUAAACUUUUUGAUCAAAUAUCAAAAAUUUUAGAAGAUGCUCAAUUGUAUGAACGCUUUAAUGAAGUCAGGGGAAAAAUUUCAGGUUUAUUAGAAGCAAAUCAAAACUCCACGAUUUCCAGCCAGAUCAGAGAGUUGAGUCGAAAACUUGUAAAUAUACUUGAGGAAGGCCAGAGAUCUGUUUCACCUCCAUUCUAUGACUUGCAAGAGCGCCUCUCUACAACCAUAGAGGAUUUCCAGAAACAACUGGAUCUGAUUGUGAAAUAUGACUGGGACUUUGAUAAUUAUUUGGCAGAGGAUGUUCCUGCUGCGAUGGACUAUAUUAGAGCUCAUAGCAAGCCAAAGGAUGGAAAGUUGCUUGCAAUUGGUCACUCUAUGGGUGGUAUAUUGCUUUAUGCAAUACUUUCACGAUGUGGUUUUGCAGAAAGAAGUUCUGAAUUAGCAGCCAUUGUUACUAUAGGAUCAUCGCUUGACUAUACUACUUCAAACUCUUCCCUAAAGUUGUUGCUACCUCUCGCUGAUCCAGCCCAGGCACUUAAUGUUCCUGUCGUUCCAUUGGGAGCACUAAUGGUGGCUGCUUAUCCUCUUUGUUCUCGCCCACCUUACGUGUUGUCUUGGCUAACUCCUCUGAUAUCAUCUCAAGACAUGAUGCAUCCUGAGUUGCUAGAAAAGCUUGUCUUGAACAAUUUCUGUACCAUUCCUGCCAAACUUCUUUUGCAACUUACGACAGCUUUCAGAUAUAGGGGAUUACGUGAUAGGAGCGGCACUUUCUACUACAAAGAUCACUUACCUAAGUAUGAUGUCCCUGUGUUAGCAAUUGCUGGGGAUAAGGACUUGAUUUGUCCACCCGAAGCUGUAUAUGAAACGGUGAAGCUCAUCCCUCCCCAUAUCGUUACCUACAAAGUUUUCGGAGAGCCAGAUGGUCCACAUUUUGCACACUAUGACUUGGUUGGAGGGCGCCUGGCAGCAGACUAUGUUUAUCCUUGUAUAGUUGAGUUUCUUGUCUGUCACGACCAAUUAUGAUGCUACUGUUGAUCCCUCCACACUGUUGGCAUCAACUAAACAGAAAAUCCUCUUCAGUAAUGCUAAGCUCCCAAGAAUGGCAAGAGGUAUGUAUUGGAUUUCAACCGCUGCCAAUGUUUGCAAGGGCCAGCCUUCAUUGAUUCAUGGAGUGUUAUCAUAUAGUCCAUGCUUUGAUGGUGCAUGUGCUGGCGCCACCGCUAUAGCAUCCGUCAAAUUAAUUUCAUUAUUUGGUCAAUCAUUGAAUAUAGUGAAACCUUUACUGUAAUUGUUGGUGCUGACAGUGCUAGAGUGUAGCAUCUGUCGUAUUGAUUUCAUUAUUUGGUCAAUCAUUGAAUAUAGUGAAAACUUUACUGUAAUUGUUGGCACGGGCAGCGCUAAAGUGCUUUAUUUGUAAUUUGUGAGGGGAGUUCUAACCGGUGCUAUUAUGGGUGCCAGUAGUGGCGCAAACUGGAGUUGCUCAUAUGUUUCUCUAUUUGAAAAUUGGAAGGUUAUAAUAUAAAGUACCAAAAAAAAAAAAAA